CAAAUAAUACUUGUAACGUCAUUUGUGAAGUAAAUUGCAAGCGCUUCCUCUUUGGAGGAGGUUCUGGCAAUGGACACGCACUUAGCGCGGUGUUCUGCAGGCUGUGAGCACGACGGCCGCUUGUACGCCGUGGGGGAGACCCGCUACCUCGGCAAGUGCGAGGAGCAGUGCCGCUGCGGCGCGGACGGUAAGUUCAGCUGCGGUCCCGUCGCGUGCGCGCCCGGGCUCUUCCCCGCGGGCCAGCACUCCCAGGAGGAGCUCUGCAUCGAACUCAGGAACCGGCCCGACACCGACGAGUGCUGCGUGGUGGUGGCGUGCGUGAACAGCCUCACGAGGCCGUCCCUGCUCACGUCGCCGGCCAGCAGCCCUCUGGCGCCCGCCGCGGAGGAGGAGCAGCCGCUCGGCCAGGCCGUCCGCGCGCUCUCGGGGCGCACGGCCGGGGGCGAGGACCUCGCGGAACCAAUCACCGAAGAGGAGUACCAGAGGAGACUCAAGGACCUCGAGCAUGAACUCAACAAAAACAGCAAGAAGAAAACGCCUUUCACGAAACCGACGGAGAAACCAGCGGUCGAAGACCUUGCCAGUUCCUCAUCAGAUGAUUCCUCUAAUGCUACCGCCGUCGAGGGUGUCGAGUCGAUGGUCGACGUGACGGAAGAAGUCCCGCAGGACGACGAAUCCCUCGCCGAAGUCACGACCACGAUCCCCGAGACGCCCGACGAGAAGGGGGAGCCGGCGGUCAUCGUCGAGAUCGAUCACCACGGCGAGGAGAUUCACCGCAUCACAGUUCAGGAGGCCGUCGACGUCGUCACCUUGGCCGCCGCGGAGGAGGAGGCCACGACUAUGGCACCGACGGAGGACGAAGGACCUGCGCCAGAGGAGUCUGUGGGAGACGAAACAGUUAGCUCGGUAAUGGCAGCAAAAGAGGAGGAGGCGGUGACGUCAGCCGUGCUCGCCGAAGGGGAAGACGCUCCCACACCGGCGGUGCCUGUCGAAGAGGGAACUACAACGGAGACGUCUGUCAUGGAGGAGAUGCCUGCUGAUAAGAAGGAAGAAGCAGCACAUGAUAUGAAGGAGGAAUCAACACCUGCAGAUAAGGAGGAAGCAACGCCAGCUGAUGAAAAGGAAGAAGGAACACCUGCGGAGGAAGAGGAAGCAAGCGCCUCGCCAGCAGCGACAGCGGAAGAGCAGGAAGGCCUAACGACGGAAGCUGCAGAGGAAGUCGCGACGACCACCCCAGCUCCGGCAGAAGGCGAGGAAGUCCCCGUGUCCUUCAGGGAAGCCAAAAAAGCUCCAGAAGAUGCGAACGUCACAGAGACCGUCGCCGAGGAAGCUGUUGGGCUCAAGGAGAAGAGAACCCAGUUAUUAGCUCACAUAACGAAGCCUAAACACCUCUUUCCCAACCUCUACGGCCUUACCUUACGACCCGCCUCUAUACCUUACCUUACCCCAACAUUAGUAAGGAGCAAGCUUACCCUUACCGCCACCUACAGCCAGCCUUAG